GAUCAAUCUCCAACAAGGCUUAGAGUUGGACGUACAAACCUCGCAAAGAAGUUUUUUGGGGAAAACGUGCGCGUCUUUCCUUAAACAUCAAUUUCUUGUUUUCACUUGGACGAAUAUACAGGGCAGCUGCAAUGUGGAUUCAAGUGCGCACAAUGGAUGGGAAGGAAACCCACCGGGUGGAUUCCCUGUCCAAACUCACCAAGGUGGACGAGCUGCGUCUCAAAAUCAUGGAGCUUUUCAAGGUGGAGCCAGAGAGGCAGAGACUGUUCUACCGAGGCAAACAGAUGGAGGAUGGCCACACCAUAUUUGAUUACAACGUGGGUCUCAAUGACAUAGUGCAGCUGCUAGUCAGGCAAGCGUUGCCUUCAGGUGAAGUUGUUAAAAACAAGGAUAAAGAAGCGGAGCUCUCUGACUCUGAUUCUGGCUGUGGCUCAACCCAGAGCGAGUCUGACAAGAGCUCAACUCACGGCGAAGUGGAGAGUCAGGCUGCUGGCACCUCAGCCCAAGCCAAUGCCCCAGAGCUCAUCAACCCAGGGUUUGGACUCUACAAGAUCAAUGAACUGGUGGAUGCAAGAGACUUGAACAUGGGAGCUUGGUUUGAGGCCCAGAUCGUGAACGUUACUAAGACAACAAAGACGCCUAAGGAGGAGGCCGCGGAGGCACAGCCGGCAGAGGAAGAGGAGAUACUGUACCACGUAAAAUACGAAGACUACCCAGAAAAUGGGGAGAUUCCGUUGCUGGCCAAGGAUGUCCGUCCCCGGGCCCGCACAGUGUAUCAGUGGCACCAGCUGGAGCCUGGUAUGGUGGUUAUGGUCAACUACAAUCCAGAUGACCCAAAGGAACGUGGCUACUGGUAUGAUGCUGAAAUCCAGAAAAAGAGGGAGACGCGCACCCUUCGAGAGGUCUACGCCAAGAUUAUCCUUGGCGAUGCUGGGGACUCUCUGAAUGACUGCCGCAUCAUGUUCCACACUGAAAUCUACAAAAUUGAGGAACCUGGUUCUCUGAAUGAUGCGCCCGCUGGAAGUGAGAGCCCACUCAAAAGGUCAAAUGGACCUGAGUGCAAACACUGCAAGGACGACCCUAAGAAAAACUGUCGAUGGUGUAACUGCCAUAUCUGUGGCAUCAAGCAGGAUCCUGACAAACAACUGCUAUGCGAUGAGUGUGACAUGGCCUACCACACCUACUGCCUGAACCCUCCACUUACCACCAUUCCCGAAGAUGAAGACUGGUAUUGUCCAGGUUGCCGUAAUGACACCAGUGAGGUCGUGCGUGCUGGAGAGAAGCUGAAGGAGAGCAAGAAGAAGGCUAAGAUGGCUUCUGCCAGCUCCUCCAGCCAGAGGGACUGGGGAAAGGGAAUGGCCUGUGUUGGUCGAACCAAGCAGUGCACAAUUGUCCCAUCCAACCACUAUGGCCCAAUUCCUGGCAUUCCUGUGGGCUCCUUGUGGAAGUUCAGAGUGCAGGUCAGCGAGUCUGGUGUUCACAGGCCACAUGUAGCUGGCAUUCAUGGCCGGAGCAACGAUGGCGCCUACUCUCUGGUCCUGGCAGGAGGCUAUGAAGAUGAUGUGGAUGAUGGUAAUGAGUUCACUUACACUGGUUCUGGAGGGCGAGAUUUGUCUGGAAACAAGAGGACAGCUGAACAAUCCUGUGAUCAGACACUUACUCACAUGAAUAGGGCGCUGGCUCUCAACUGCAACGUUCCAGUUAAUGACAAAAAUGGAGCGGAAUCAAAGAACUGGAAGGAAGGCAAACCGGUCAGAGUUGUGCGCAGCUGUAAGGGCCGUAAGCACAGUAAAUAUUCCCCUGAAGAAGGAAACCGAUAUGAUGGUAUAUACAAGAUUGUCAAGUACUGGCCGGAGAAAGGCAAAUCUGGCUUCCUUGUUUGGCGGUAUUUGCUGAAGCGUGAUGACGAUGAACCGGCACCAUGGUCAAGAGAUGGCAAGGAACGCAUCAAGAAGCUUGGCCUGACAAUACAGUAUCCUGCAGGCUACCAGAAAGAAAAAGAGAACAAAAAUGAAGUGGAGGAAGAAGGGACGCCAAACAAAGCAAAGAGGAAGAGGAAAUCUCAGGGCACUGAAUCCACCAAGACCUCACCAGGCAAGACGCCGAAGAAAAUAAAAGUAGAGGUGUACAAGCUUACUUCGGAGCAGAAGACCCUCAUCAAGAAUGAUAAGGCAAACAAGAAACUGUGGGAUGAAGCCAUGGAAUCACUGUCACUUGGACCGAAAUUCUUGAACAAAGUUGAAGAAGUUUUCCUCUGCAUUUGCUGCCAAGAAGUGGUCUUCCAGCCCAUCACCACAGAGUGUCAACACAACGUGUGCAGGGAAUGUCUUCAGCGAUCCUUUAAAGCAGAAGUCUACACUUGCCCGGCCUGCAGGCAUGACCUGGGCAAAAACUACUCCAUGACCGUCAACAAAUCCCUGCAAGAUAUUCUAAAUCAGUUUUUCCCAGGCUACAGCAAUGGGCGAUGAUCUUUGGUUCUGCGUUGAGCCAUCGAGGAAACACGAUGUAAACUGUAAGAGGAAUUUUCAAUGGAGGCAAUAAAGAAUCACUUUCUCUUAAUAUAUUUUUAUGAUUAUAAACUACAAUUUUUGUGGACUUCAAUGCCAAUGUUCACCUUGGAUCUUCCUUGUGUAGUUAAUGAUAAAUUGAAAAUUCCUUUGUGCCUCCGUUAUUACCUUCAGCUGUGAUUUUAAUAUUGAUGAUUUUUUUUUUUUUAUACUCCCAGCAAUUUGUUCUGUUCUAUUAACUAAUGCUAAUAUUAUCCACAAUGUAAAAUUGUUGUUUUUAACAAAUUCCCUCCAUAUUUCGCACUCCCUUACUGAAUGUUUUGCUGAAGUAGUUAAAAUAUUUACCCAUGUUAAAAAUGGAGAUUAUUUUUAUACACUGCUGUUGUUAUAAUCUGGAUUGAAACUGCCGUUAGUUUGGCUGUAUUUGUUUUUAGUGCAGUUUUUACUGAAUCUGAUCAUUCAGUCAUGUUCCAAAGUGCUCCGUUACACCUUAAGUUGUUACGUUAUGUAUUAUCACGUUUUUUAAUAUUCAGAAUCUACAAAUGCACAAAAGCUUGAUUACCUCCUGGUAAAGAGUGAAUCUCUGUAAAAGAAAUUGGCACCAAAUUGGACUGUUACUCUUGUUCUAGUUUGAUCAGAUUAUUUUAGAAAUGCACUAUGAGCAACCCAAAGCCUAUUUUGUUUUUGUUUUUGUACAAUUAAGGCUUUCUAACUCUUGAGCUGCUCCAUGUAAUGUAAAGGAGAGCAAAUACACAAGCACAAUUUGGGAACUGUGUCAUCAAAUGAGGUGAUUCUUUGCCUAAUGCAUUUGUUCUUUUCCAUUUUUUCCUACAGUUAAUGUAUGAUUGUAUAUUAAGUUUUAGAAAGUUACUAUGAAAUCUGCUAAAUCUUAAAAGGUAAUGUUAUAGGUUCUUAAAGUCAUAUACUCCAUGAUGUAGAUUUGGAUUACCCCUACUUAAAAAAAUCACCUCCUCGACCUAGUCCAAAGAAACAAAAGUGCUUAAUCAAGAGGGUAAUGUAGAACUCCAGAUUUACCUAGCUCCUUAGAAGUUGUCCCUGACACUCAAACCUAAUCGAGUCUAGAAACGUGUAUUUUUUUUUUUUGCUAAAAUAUAAUUUGCUCUUUCAUCUUUUUUAUAACCUUUUAUUGCCAUCAGUGGGUGUGUUGUUCUGUCAGAUUUUUGUGUCUCCUUUGGUCUCUUGUAAUACCUAACCUUGUGUUUAAAAAAAAAAAAAAAAAAAAAUGCUUGUUUUAAGGAAGCAUUGAAACAUGGCAAUUUCA